AUGCUGUUGCCUGACCUCAACCUCGACGUUCUCUUGCACAUCAACGCGUUUUUGGUGCUCAGCGAAACCUCCCAACUCACGAGGACUUGCCGAUCUCUCCAUGAUGUCCUUGUCCAUGUACUUCUCCAAGGCCCAAUCACGCUGUACCGAGACAGAAUCAUUUCCCUCCGCAGGUUCAUGCAUCAAGGCAGUAGGCGCGGCUACGAGCCUGACGACACACCUAGGGAUAUGUUUCCCUUCUUGCGCACCUUGAUAAUCGUCCCCGGCUCAACUACUGGCUCUCCAUCCCCUAGCGAGUCGGCGCAAGCCCUCAACGACAUCCUACAUCGCUCUCGAGAUCUCAUAUCGCUCACUGUGCUCAACGUUUCGAUGACGUUCCCUCCCCAACAGUUGCGAAUGGCUUUCGCUGCUUCGCUGCCGGCGUUGGAAGCUCUCAUCCUGUGCGGCAUCACAGCGGACUACCGGGAUGCCCUCGCCGAUGUCGUCUCUCCGCAUCUCCGCACCGUCCAACUCUCAUCUUCACUUGACUCUGACGUCGACCUCAUGCCCCUUCUGCAGUAUCACCGCCUGAUGAUCACCACCCUCUCGCUCUCGUCGGCCGCUCUAGGCGAUCUUGAAAUGCCCCUGCCCAGCGUGCGCGAGCUGAGAGUCAUCAGCUUCUCCCCCAAGAACGACGAGACUGGAUGGGCGGCACCACUCGUACAUCUCUUCCCCAACGUCGAGCACGUCAGCCUACGGAUGCUCUACAUGAGCGACGGUUUCACGCUAUGGGCACUCGAUCCUUGUUACGGACACAACAUAGCAGAUACUUGGCGAGCCCGGGCAAAAGCUUGGGAACUGCAGCACGGGACAUGGAAGAACGGCUUGCGCUAUCUCCGGGUCCACUCCAUCAUGUCUCUCUACUGUCUCGGCCUAUCCUGCCAUGUCUCCUGCCUGGACCUGAUCAUCGCUGAGCUGUCCCUGCACAUGGCCAACGUCGCGCUCGCCGAUGUCCGCCCGCGGUGUAUAUGGCUCCCACUUGCGUUCUCGGACAUGCCGGACAACACCGAGCUGCCUGCGCUCAUGCGCGUCGUCGCGUCGACGCGAUCCGUGACCCAUCUCAGGGCCGAGAUAUGGAACUUGAAGGACUGCGGCGGAAACGACUUCGUCGUGAGUUUUACGUUUCACAAAACGCGACCGUGCUCGUUGCGGUCGUACCGCGCGCACUGA